AUGGCGGAAGAACCCUUGACACCAUUCGGACAGGCGCUUGCCGGCGCGCUCGGAGGUGUAUUUUCCAAUGCUGUCAUCUACCCGCUGGAUACAGUCAAGACACGCAUCCAGGCUGGGCAGAAGUCCGCUGUGGUAGCAGGAAAAGAGGCACGAGACCCCAAGGACCCCUCCAAGACCAUCGUCACUGUGCCUCAGAACGCCGGCAUGAUCAAAGGUAUUCUCCACAUUAUCCGUAGCAAGGAAGGCGUCGCUGGCUUGUACAAGGGCUUCGGUGCCAGCAUGGUGAAUACGUUCUCGACAGGGUUUGCCUACUUUUAUUGGUACUCGGUGGUGCGCACGCUCUAUCAGAAGCGUCUGGCGCAGCGUAGCGCCUCGGGUGUUGCUGUGCUGAGCACCGCUGCUGAGCUUGUGUUGGGUGCCAUCGCCGGUGCGCUCGCACAAAUCUUCACCAUUCCUGUUAGCGUCAUUGCGACUCGACAGCAGCUCGGCACUACCGAAAACGCCAAGGACGGCAAGCCGACCGACGAGAGCUUCUUGGGAGUGGCCAAGGACAUUCUCAAGGAAGACGGCGUUACCGGCUUGUGGCGUGGACUCAAGCCUUCGCUGGUGCUCACCGUCAAUCCCGCCAUCACGUACGGUGUAUUUGAGCGCGUCAAGACCAUCAUUCUUGCCACGUCGCUCGAUGGCAAGAUGACGCCCGGCAAGUCGUUCCUGGUCGGAGCGCUGUCCAAGACGUUGGCCACAGUGGUCACUUUCCCCUACAUCUUGAGUAAGAUUCGCUUGCAAGCCAAGAACACAAAGUACAACGGUGCCAUCGACUGCCUCAAGCAGAUCGCACAGGAGCACGGUAUCAAGGGAUGGUAUCAGGGCAUGCAGGCACAGAUCACCAAGGCCGUACUUGCUCAGGCGCUGCUGUUCUUCUUCAGAGAUUACUUUGAGGUUUGGACUCGCCAGAUCCUCAAGGUCAGCAAGAAGACGGUCGUUGCAUGA